UCUUCUCGUCAAUGGGGGGUUUGACACCUCAUUAAAGGGGGUUGGAUUCUUCUCGCCUCUGUGUUAAUGAUGCUCUAAAACCAGGCGGGGAGGGAGCUGGGCAUGCCCAACCCCGCAGGGAGGAGGACGGGGAGGAGGAGAGGCGGCAGCAGGGGAGGCUCCAUCACAGGGAUGUCAGACUGUAAGAAGCCGGUAAGGACCACAUCGCAGCAUCAUCCCAGCCCUGACAGGAAACAGAGCAGCCCUCCCUCCUCUGGCGAGGGGGGAGUGGAUGUGGACCGCAGCGUCAGCGCGCCGUCUGCAGCAGACCACGCUGCAGCCACGUCUCCUCAUCAUCCAGGGAGCUACAGGGCGCCGCAGCCGCUCAGGAUGCGGUGACUUCACGGCGGUACCCCCCCUCCUCCAGCAUCCUCCCGCACUGCCGCCUCCGCAGUCCGAGCAGUUUGCGCCGCAACUUGAGGAAGCCGCUGCGUCACGGACGAACCUGUAGGACGCAGAGCGGCCGCCGGUGUCAUUGACGCGUCCGGGUCACGGCUGCAGAGCUCCACUCAAGUUUAGUUCCCGUCAGGAAAAAAAGUUGGAUGCUUCCAUCUGAGGUAUGAAGAAGUGGAGGCUGAUGGGGGACUCCCAUGUGGUCCUCUGGCUGUCCAGCAUGUGUGUCUUCACCCUGCAUACAGAUGCACUCCAAGUCAGAAAAAGCACCACCCUAACAUAAACGGACACCCGCCACCAGCAGAAUAACAAUAAGUUCAGCCAGACAAGAAGGAAAAAGAAAACAGCAUUUUUCUGUUUCUCUGUCCUCUUUGAGAUCUGAGAGAAGGUCAUGUCCCAGCCUGAAAAAGUCCUUCAUCUUUUCGUGGAAGUGAGGUCUGCCCCAGAUCAGAAUGGAGACGGUGAAGAGGGCACAGCCCAGGGGCUUUCCAAUCAGAGCAGCCCCACAAAGCUCAGCUUUCAGCUAACGGGCCAGACCACCAUCAGCAGGACCUCAGCAGCUCACGACCUGCUUCAGAACCGCACACCCUCCAGAAACAGCGUCAACUUUCAGCUUCCACAAACCAGCAGCUCUCCCGGACUCACUGAGAAGUGGAGUUCCCCCACCUAUGGACGGGGCGGGGCGCACACCCCGCCUGAUGGGAAGCGCUCUGUGGUUACCUUCAGUUAUGUUGAGAAGUCUAAUGUGAAGACCGUGGACAGUCCUCGGAGCUCCAUGUGCAGAAGACGAGCCGCAGAGGAAGAGGUUUCCCGUCUUCACAAACGCUUCAGCGAUCCGGUGGGGUUUGGAAGUCCUGAUUCGUCGUGCAGCUCCAGCCCAAAACUGACCUUCCAGUCUCCAGAAAGUCACCAGCAGAGGUUUUCCCCCAGCUUUUGCCGGCCACAUUGUGAUGCCAUCGGCAGGGCAGCUACGCAGAGGGCAGUGGAGGAGUUUGGUUCCCCCCUACUGAGGAUCAAACUGGCCCACGCCCUCGAGCACACCUCAUCCUACAGGUACAACCAGCAGCCACGCUGUCAGUCCUGGUCUGGAUCUCCUGUUCAGAGUCAGAAUUCCAGCGUUACCUCCAAAGACCACAUUAAGGGCAGGAACCAGAACAUUUACGGGUUACAUCAGGCCCCAGACCAGCUGUCGACUCCAUCCUGGGUGUCUUCUCGAUCAAGACUUUGGUCAUGUCCCGAUUCUAACACCCCCUUUCACUGGGUGAAAGAGCAAAAAGGUAUGGCAGGAAGUCCGGCUACCAAAAGGCACAUUCAGAGAAGCACCUCGCCACAGGGAGGAAUCCCUCAACUUGGCAAUAAUGGCGUUGAGGGCUUAAAUCAGUUGAGCGAGAGCAAAUUCUCCAGUCCGGCUCACGGCUCAGAAGUAACCAAAAAGUUAGCAGAGGAGCCGUCAAAAGCGUCUUCUGUUUCAACAAAGACGAGCAGCUACUCAUCGCACAAUGCUUUAGACGAGCAUCCGAACAACUCUGGAGAACCAGCUCCAAAUGCACAAGAGUUGAAGCAAACCGUUAAAAUGAACAUCCCUUUAAACGACCAACAUGUGCCAGAAAGUGAGGCGACAGUGACUGACAGGCAUCAGGAGGACAGCCGCCACGGCUCCCCCGCCCUGCCUUCUCGAGUCUUCCGGCCGUCUCACCCUCCCACCGAGAUCAGCUCGCCCGUCAGGGACCCCAGGCUUUCCCAAGCAGAGCUCCGAGCGCCGGACACUCCCACUCUGCAUCGCUGUCGACCCCCACAAUACACCGGCGACUCCUGGUCCUCCAGCGUGGACAGGAAAGAAGACCAAAGCUCCUUUGAGAGGGAGGACUGCACAGAACUUGCUCGCCGGCUUUUCAUCAAUCAGAGUGUAGACGAAGCGCCGGUCAGCUGGACGUCCCGGCAGCAGUGGAGGAGCCAAACAAAGAACAACCCGGAGCCCGGAUCUGAGCUCAGCUGUGACAGAACGGAAAAACCCGCCAAACGGCGGCAGCCGCUAAGCCCCACAGCCCAGCAGAAGCGGGCCGAGCAGAGACGGAGGGAAAUCCUCCUUCUUGGACCCGUGGCUCUGGACUCUGCAGAGGAGGACGAGGGCUGCAAUGAUGACGAAGAGCAAGGCAGGGAGGCAGAGGGGAGCAAAUCAGGAGGACUCCCUCACCGAGAGGAGGAGCAGAAUGGAGGGAUGGGAGGUUCGUCCUCACGGAGUUCUAGUGGGGUGACGGGGAGUUUAGGGGAUCCAGGAUCCGUGUCCCCAGAGUCCAGUCAGUCCAGUCACCAGAGCAACGAGACCGGGGCGGCCACCUCAGGAAUACAGACGGACAGUGGAAGUGCAGCCCCUACGCCGUCACUGCACUGUCAGAAGAUCGCACGCGCCAAGUGGGAGUUUUUGUUCGGGACCUCUGCUGAGUACGCUGCCGGCAGAGGGGACAAACAUUGUCUGGAAGCCUCCACAGCUCCUCCCAGUGGGACCUCCAGUGAGUCCCCCACCCCGACGCCUCCAUCCUCUCUGCCUCUGAUCUCAGCCAAUCACGAGGUGCAGCACGUGGAGGUGGAGCUGGUGACUCCGCCCCCCGCUGUCACUGGAAUCUCCCCAAAGACCGGCAUCAUUCGCCGGACGUUGAAGUACUCGGAGACCGACCUGGACGCCAUCCCGCUCCGCUGCUACCGCGAGACGGACAUCGACGAGCUGCUGCAGGGCGAGCAGGACGACGCCGACUCCGCCUUCGGCAGCAACCGCAGCGUUCAGGGCACCUCGGGGGCCGGCAGCAGCCCCCUGGGGGGGCUGGGUUAUGGCAGGACAGAUGGGCAGUCAGACAUGAAGGGAGGAGAGGAGGAGGAAGAGGAGGAAGAGGAUGAGGAGGAGGAAAUGGUGAGCUGGGCAAGCGUGAGAAUGCAAGGAGACAGCAGGAAGCAGCAGUAUGCAGCGGAGGAGGAGCCAGAGGUGUUUGGACACCUGAUGAGACCUGUGAAGACUUUCUUUGACAACCACAACCCGGCCUUCAAGUCCCCGGUCCUGGUCUCCGGUCCGCGGUGUUCCGCAGAAGACACGUUCAGCCGCCACUUUGAGAGCAUCAUGGAGUCCCACCGAGCCAAAGGGACGUCCUACAACAGCCUGGACAGCGAGGAGCUGCUGACCUCCAGCGCUCAGACCGUCUUGACCUUUGACCUACCCACGCUCACACCCGCCAUCCACGCGCCGGUGUGCCAGAGCGCCAGGCAGAUCGUCCAGCUCAGCUUCGCCCCGCUGGCGCACGACGAGAGGCCCAGCCUCUCCGAUUCGGUCUUCACCGUGACGGGAGACUCGGACGCCACGCGUGCGCCCUCCAGCGAGCGGCUGAGCAGCGUCUCGGAGGACGCGCUGGCAAGAGGGCAGGAGGGGUCACAGCUGGGGAGCAGCUGGUACGUCAACACCUCCUACUCUCUACCCAGCAGAGACAAGGCUCGUCUGGCGACAGACUCUGAGCUGGAGCAGGACCUGAGCGAUCGUCUCGGGUUGAGCAGCAGCGACACUCUCACCAAUGGCAGCCAUCGAGCGGAUGUGGCCGCGGCAAAGCGUCUGGCCAAACGCCUUUACAACCUGGAGGGCUUCAGAAAGUCAGACGUGUCUCGUCAUCUCAGCAAGAAUAACGAUUUCAGCCAAACAGUUGCAGAGGAGUACCUGAGCUUCUUCAACUUCGCUGGCCUCACUCUUGACCAGGCACUGCGGACUUUCCUCCGGCAGUUUGCCCUGAUGGGAGAGACUCAGGAGAGGGAAAGGGUUUUGUCACACUUCUCCAGGCGUUACAUGAUCUCCAACCCAGGAGUGAUGCCAUCAGAGGAUGCAGUUCACACUCUAACUUGUGCGCUGAUGCUCCUAAACACGGAUCUGCACGGCCAGAACGUUGGCAAGAGGAUGUCAUGCACGCAGUUCAUCGGGAACCUGGAAGGACUGAACAAUGGCCAAGACUUUCCCAAAGACCAGCUCAAAGCGCUUUACAACUCAAUUAAGAAUCAGAAGCUGCAGUGGACACUGGAUGAAGAGGAGCUGCGGAAGUCGUUUUCAGAGCUCGGGGACAGCCUGUGUGAGUCCGACACGUCCAAAUCGAUGAAGCGGGUGAGCAGCAGUGGAAAGUCUCUGUCCGACGGGACGCCGUCCACCGGAACGCUGCUGUACAAAAACGGCUUCCUGGUUCGGAAGGUCCAUGCUGACUCAGAUGGAAAAAGAACACCACGUGGGAGAAGAGGCUGGAAAACGUUCUAUGCCAUCCUCAAAGGACUAAUUCUUUAUCUGCAAAAAGGGGAGUACCGGCCUGAUAAGCAGCUCUCUGAUGAGGACCUGAAGAACGCCGUGUCCAUCCAUCACUCUCUAGCAAUGAAGGCGUCCGACUAUAGCAAGAGACCCAACGUCUUCUACCUGCGGACCGCUGACUGGAGGGUGUACCUCUUCCAGGCACCGAACGCUGAGCAGAUGCAGUCCUGGAUCACACGGAUCAACACAGUGGCAGCCCUGUUUUCCGCCCCUCCCUUCCCUGCAGCCAUUGGCUCCCAGAAGAAGUUCAGCCGGCCUCUGCUGCCAGGAACAAUGUCCAAACUGUCUGAGGAGGAACAGAUCAGAUCCCAUGAAGCUCGGUUCAGAGCCAUCUCCACUGACCUGGCAGAGCUACGCUCCUACCCUCCUGAUCGCAAGGUCAAAGGGCGAGAGCUGGAGGAAUACCGCCAAAGAGACGAGUACCUGGACUUUGAGAAAACGCGAUACGGGACCUACAUCAUGCUGUUGCGGGCGAAGAUCAGAAGUGGUGAGGAGGACCUGGCUUUGUUUGAGUCUCUUCUGCUGGAGGACAGUAGCCUGCAGAGGGCGCACUCCAGCCCCACGCUUCAGGACAGUAGUCAGGCCAGCCAGAUCAGUCAGAUGAGCAGCUUCCGGGACGGCGCCAACAGCAGCAAAGCGAGCGGCUGCAGCAGCAGCAGCAAGCCUCGACAGGAGGGCCAGAGACACAGCUACAGACAAGCUGUCAAGAAGUGAGGCGUGGCGGGGGCGCCGGGAGCGGCAUGGCGUUGCACUGCCAGCAGCAGGCUGUCUCCCUGCAUUGGUUUUUAUUUGAGGUCCAGGAGGGUUUGGAGCUCUGAUUGAAGGGGGAACAAAGUGAGUGGGUCCGCAGCCCACAUCCUCCCCUGAUCAUGACGCCACACCCGGCACCCCCUCUUCUCAUCUAAUGGAGGUGCAGAUCCUGGCGGAGAGGCUGGGGGAACACCAGCGAGGAUGUUGGUGCAGGAGGUGGGAGGUCAGACAUCUGCAGGGAAGACGUGUGUUUGAGGAUGCUGGAUGCAGCAGCAAACUGCGCAGAGCGAGACAAAAACUGGGUGCUCUCUGACAGAACAGGGAACCACAUCCAACAAAGCUUUCUUUUCUACCCGUCUGUUCUUUUAGGGGCAUCUCUCCAGCCACGUUUUCCACCGUCUUUCUAGAUCUUUCUCUCUUCGGGACCAAGCACAUUUACACAAAAUCGUCGUCAAAAAGUGGAAAAGACUAACAAAACCUUCGGUUUGGACUUUGGGGGCUUCGCUUUCGCCACAUCACUGCGAUGAGUUCACAUUCCACGCAAGAGUCGGAAAUUACAGCUUUAAGCUCCAGCAUGCUCCCAUAAAAGGCAAUGUUGUCAGCGGGGCCGCAGUAUACAACACGAUGGUGCAAAUCCUUCUGUCGCUGGUCACUCAUAACCAGGCGGAAGCAUCUGAAGGUUCACAGUCCUCCUGAUAUUCUCUUCUUUUUACUCUACUUGAAGAUGUGUUUUACAAUUUGCUUUUGCUUCUGUCCUGUGAUGUGCUUCGGUUCUCUUUUUCAGGAGAAUGUUGUUUUUCUGCAGUGAUCUGCAUGCCUGCACCCGGCACUGCUUCUUUUAGGGCUUUUACUACUUCUAGGGCAGAAACUGAGGGCAUGGAAACUGCUCUCAGGGAACAUUCUCCUCAUGCCGCGGCCAUACCCAACAUGUGUAACCUCCGUCUGUACGUAGGAUCGCUUACUUACAAAAAAAAAACCCUGUACCAACACUCACCGGGCAGACCCUGAAUGUUCUUGUUUUUUCAGUAUUUUUAAAGUAUUUUGCAGUCAUUUGUUGAUGUUAAGCCCCGCCCCUCUGUGUAUUGCAAGUGUAUGAUCAAAUAUGAAGAUGUUAAAAGAACUCUUGGUAAACAUCCAGGAUAUGUUGUAUAUAAUGCACUGCCUGCCUAUAUUGUAGGAUAUAUGACAGUAUAUUUGCAAUAUACUCUGCAUACUAAUGUGACGAUGCAUUAGAAACACACAAAGAUCGUUUUGUUUUUGCUUCGUUAGUCCCAAAAGCGUUACACGAUAAUCCCGUUUUACGUUUAGUUUUUUUUUCCUAUGUAGUACAUGAAUAUACUGUUGUAACACCUAUGUACCUAUCAAAGAUUAGUAAGGCUGUUUUUGACAGCUGUAUGCUACGUGGUAGUGUCAAAAACUAAUGUAGUCAGCUGCAGUGGAAGUGAAAACCCAUUUGCAUGAUCUAAACUGGUUUGGGGUUAGAGGCGUAGAAAGCAGGAAAAGAAUGUGAAAAUGGAAAAAAACAGAAAAAAAGGGAAAGUUGAGGAGUGUACGGGCUGACUGGUCUCAUUGUGGACCUACAUUAUAUUUGCCAGCCAUAUACACCUCACAGCAUCAAUGAUGCACAGCCAUUCUAUACUCAGGCUUUAAAGGAAAAAAACAAAAAAAGACACCUUGAUUAGCUGCAGUGCCAGCGUCCAACCAGCAGGGAGAGCUGUAACAACCACUUAGGUUCCUUUUUUCAGCCAUAAUCACACCUGCUGCACCUGCAGUGAAUAUGCACAGCAUCUCCCACUCACCUGAGGAAAAAGGGGGGUUUGCAGGGCUACUAGGGACAGGACCUGUUCGUAUGGAGUCUGUCUGUGAGCCCGAGGAGUGUGUUUGAGCUGGAUGUGCUGAGGAGACUCAAGACUGUUCGCUUGUUUGUCUGACUUCAUCCAGCGUCGACUCCUUUGUUUCAGAAUACGUGUCGUUCCUGUUUGUAUAGUUUCUACAAGUAAUGACUGAAUAUUGAUCCUCGUCUGUCAGUUCAACUUAUGUUUCUGCGACUGUGUGAAGCCUGUAAAUGCCUGUACUUUAAGCCCAUGUUUUUAGUUUACAUCUUUCCAGUUUUAUUUUGAUAGUUAAGUUUUAUUUUUUUGGGAGUAAAAAGUGUCUUUGACUCUGAGGCUGUUGGUCAAACAAAACUUUUUUUUUACUCACUCCUCCAGAGUGAAUCCAAAAAAGGGUUUAGAAAGCAUGACAACUUGUAGCCCUCUUAUUUUUUAUUCUAUUUUUAAUUAAUGUAUUUCUCUCUGUUGCUUUAAACAUUUUUUUUGCUUUUUUCAAUCAUUUUUUAUUAUCGUCUGCUACUUGCAGUGCUGCCAAACAAUCUCUGCAUCCCUUUCACCACAGAAAGUCUCUUGUUUCUUGCUUCCUUAUUUAUAUUUUAUUUUGCAAAGUCUAUAACACAUAAAGAACAGUCUAUUUAGAACAAAAGUGUGAUUAUAAAUAAUAAUAUAAUAUGCUCCGACUGCUGGAGGAAAACAAAAACUGCACAGGAUUGAUAUAUGAAAAAAUCAAUAAAUUACAUUUCAAAUGCCUUUAUAGGUAGAAUUUGACACCAGUAUUUAAUUUAUUCUAUAUUAAAAUUGUAUAUUUUCAAUUAAAAUUGUAAUUUCCUUUAUUGGUUACACUUACAAAUCACUUUAAGAAAAAGAGAUUGAUUAUUAUUGAUUAUUUUGCUAAAGUUUGAGUGUAAAAAUUUAAUCACAAAUGAUUAUUUAGAUUCCAGGACUCUCUGAUUAGUUUAAGUAAGACCAAAUUGGGAUAAUUUAUUUGUUUUUUGAUUUUUUUUGAGUAAGCAUGAUUUAAAAAUAAAUCUCUCCAAAAUUUGACAAAUAAAUUGACAAAAUAUUUUUUUUCUGAUAGAGCAAAAUGAUGAAAUAAUUAGUUUCUUUAUUUGCGUUCUGUGCCAUUUUUUUAUUUUGUAUAUUUUAAAUGAAAUAAGAAAAACUACUUUGUAAAACCACCAGUAUGAGUUUUAGAAAAACAUACAAAUGCUGUAAAAAAUCUGAUCCAAAGAGCGAUAGAUGUGAGAAAACAGUUAAAUCCGACUUUCUGAGCUUCCCUCCAUGAAUCUCUCCGUUUACGUUCCUUAAAUUCACUGAUUUUCAUCAAAAGGUUAACUUCAUUAGGGAAGUUCUGUGUGGGCGUCGUGCUGCGUUCACAGAUCCUUCUUGGUGCCUGCAGCUUGCCUCGUCUCCGUCUCUCAUCAGCCUCAUUUCUGAAUGUAAAUAAAGCAUGAGAUGUUAUGGCCUGCUUACGUUUCUAUUACGAUUCGAGUAUUCAAUGAAGGGUUAAUAUAUAAGAUAGGUCAACCUGUUUUCCUGUCCUUAAGCCCAUUGUCAUGUUUUAUUUUUCCAAUCAGUGUGAACAAAGGAAAUGGCUAUAUUUAAUGCUGUUAUAUGCUGUUGUGUUUUAGAGAAUCGAGCCAGCUUAAUACGGAUUUUUUUACAUGUGAAGGUCUGAUGGGUCUCAGUGUUUUUUUAGACUGGCGCUGCUGGUAAGGUAAUGUUCAUUUGAUGCUAUACUUACAGUGAGUUACAUGUGUCACUGCCUUGUUCAGACUCACCAAGGAAAUGUUGUUUGUGAGCUUCUCGUUUAGAGAGGCAAAAAGGAUCAAAAUAAAGUGAUUUGAAGGUUU